UCUUCACAGAGAAACUCUCACUUCUUUCUCUUCCUUUCGUAGGAACUAAGAACACAACCAUUCACAUGGAAGGAGGAGUUCCUGAGGCUGAUGUCUCUGCUUUCAGAGAAUGUUUGUCUCUUUCAUGGAAGAAUCCUUAUGUCCUUCGCCUGGCUUUCUCUGCUGGAAUUGGUGGCCUUCUCUUUGGCUAUGACACUGGGGUCAUAUCUGGGGCUCUACUCUAUAUCAGGGAUGACUUCAAAGCUGUGGAUAGGAAGACUUGGCUUCAGGAAGCCAUUGUGAGUACUGCACUUGCUGGAGCGAUCAUCGGUGCUUCAGUAGGUGGAUGGAUCAACGAUCGUUUUGGAAGGAAAAAAUCAAUAAUAAUUGCAGAUACCCUGUUUUUUAUUGGGUCUGCUAUCAUGGCUGCUGCAAUAAAUCCUUCUAUUCUCAUCGUGGGUCGAGUUUUUGUUGGCCUUGGUGUUGGAAUGGCUUCAAUGGCAUCUCCUCUCUACAUUUCAGAGGCUUCUCCCACCAGAGUUCGAGGAGCUCUUGUAAGUCUCAACAGUUUCCUCAUCACUGGUGGGCAGUUCCUCUCCUACCUCAUCAACUUGGCUUUCACUAAGGCGCCAGGAACAUGGAGGUGGAUGCUUGGGGUGGCUGCUGCACCUGCUAUAAUUCAAGUGUUUCUGAUGUUUUCACUCCCAGAAUCACCCCGGUGGCUGUUCCGAAAGGGAAGGGAAGAAGAAGGAAAGGCAAUUUUAAGAAAGAUUUACCCUCCAAGUGAGGUUGAAGCUGAAAUCCAGGCUUUGCAGGAUUCCGUUGCUUUGGAGCUGAAGGAAGCUAAUGCUUCAGAAAAGAUCAGCAUGAUCAAGCUGCUGAAAACCAAGACUGUGAGGAGAGGUUUGUAUGCAGGAAUGGGCCUUCAAAUCUUCCAGCAGUUUGUGGGUAUCAACACUGUGAUGUAUUACAGUCCCACCAUUGUUCAGUUAGCUGGUUUUGCAUCCAAUCAGACAGCACUUCUUCUGUCUCUAAUCACUGCUGGCCUUAAUGCAUUUGGUUCAAUCUUGAGCAUAUACUUCAUUGACAAGACUGGGAGGAAAAAGCUUGCUUUGUUCAGCUUGUGUGGUGUUGUUCUAUCACUAGUACUUCUAACUGCUACUUUCCGCCAAACUGAGACUCAUUCUCCAUUUAUCAGUAAAGUGGAAAGCUCUCAUUUCAAUAACACCUGUCCUGGUUUCAGCCAAGCAGUGAAUCCUCAAGAAUGGGAUUGCAUGACUUGCCUAAAGGCUUCACCUGCAUGUGGUUUUUGUGCAUCUGCAUCUAACAGGCUCUUACCAGGGGCAUGUUUGAUCUCCAAUGAUACUACAAAGGAUCAGUGCCAAAAGGAGCACAGGUCAUGGUACACAAAAGGGUGUCCUAGCAAAUCUGGAUGGCUUGCAAUACUUGGGUUGGCUUUGUAUAUCAUAUUCUUCUCACCAGGGAUGGGAACUGUUCCAUGGGUUGUAAACUCUGAGAUAUAUCCUUUAAGGUACCGUGGAAUCUGUGGAGGGAUUGCUUCUACAACAGUUUGGGUUUCAAAUCUGAUUGUUUCUCAGUCGUUUUUGUCCUUGACUGAAGCUAUUGGGACAGCAUGGACAUUCAUGAUAUUUGGGUUUGUUGCUUUCAUUGCAAUUUUCUUUGUGAUCAUUGUUGUACCUGAAACCAAGGGUGUUCCAAUGGAGGAAGUUGAGAAGAUGCUGGAUGAAAGAGCUAUGCAUAUUAAGUUUUGGGAGAAGAGAAGUGGCAAUCAGAAGAGUUGACUCACUUUUUAAAUUUAAUUAUGCUUUCUUUUAGAAUAAACUUUGUUUCGCAUCACUUUACCAUUACACUUCCCUUACAUUGAUAAAGACAUAGAGGGAAAGUGCAUAUCAACUGUGUUUUAGUGG